AAGACGGUGACAAAGUGACACUCCAAUUCACACUGCCACCGUCAACGUCUUCUUCUUCCGAAUGCUCAAACAUAAAUUAGUAAAAAAAAAACCUGAAAAUUUAUUGGUUGUGCCUUAUAUUUUGUUUGUUUUUGCUUUUGCUUGAAUUUCGGCCAAGAUGCAUCGAAGACACUCUAGCGUGAACGGGGCAUUCGUACGUGAUAUUUUUCCGUUUACGUUUUGCAGCCACACUGAAACAAUUAGGAAUUAAUCAAAACAAGAACAAAAUAUUAUUAUAUCUUAAUGUAAAUAAGUCUUCGAGAGAAAAUGGAAGUAGAAUACGACGACUCCGGCUGGCAGGGCCGCGCCAAAGCACAGACAAACUCGGAGGAAAUGCUCGAGGACAACCCGCAGAAGACGAUACAGGAAUGCCUGGAGAAGUUCCUCACACCCGACUACAUCAUGGAGCCGGGCAUAUUCACGCAGCUGAAGCGCUACUUCCAGUCGGGCGGCUCCCCGGAGGAGGUUAUAUCGAUGCUUUCGGAGAACUACAAGGCGGUGGCGCAGAUGGCCAACCUGCUCGCCGAGUGGCUCAUCCUGGCCGGCGUCAAGGUGACCGAGGUGCAGGCCAUGGUGGAGAACCACCUCAAGGAGAUGAUCCUGAAGUCCUUCGACCCCAAGAAGGCGGACACCAUCUUCACGGAGGAGGGCGAGACGCCCGACUGGCUCACCGAGAUGAUCGACCACUACACGUGGCGCUCGCUGAUCUACCGGCUAGCCGAGGAGUACCCCGACUGCUUGAUGCUCAACUUUACGAUCAAGUUGAUCUCGGACGCGGGUUUCCAGAGCGAGAUCACCUCCAUUUCCACGGCAGCCCAGCAGAUCGAGGUCUUCUCGCGGGUGCUAAAGACCUCGAUCGUCAAAUUUCUAAACAACCCGGACGACGUGCAUGGCGCCAUCCAGGAGUGCGCCCGCAUGGUCUGUCACGGCCAGCACACGUACGUCUACUCCCAGGUGCUGAUCCAGGUGCUUAGCCAGGAGCAGAAGGGAGGAUUCAAUAUGAAACGCCUCUCCCAGGAAAUCAUUAAAUACGCCCUGCAAAACAAUCAAAAUGUGACGCCUAUUACGAUGGCCCUAAAUGGCUCGGCAGUCUAUCCGCAGGCAUGUCAAGCGCUAACUUCUAUGCUCACCCGCAAUACGCUAAACCCCGCCGACAUCACCGUGCUGUUCCGCAACUACUCCGGAUCCGAUCCGCCGCCCAUCGACUUGAUACGGAACCCGCAGUUUCUAGAGCUAUUGGUAGACGCUCUUUUCCGUUCCGGUGUCAAGAUUAACCCCGAGCACAAGCCGAAGUACAUGUUUCUGCUCGCCUACGCGUCAGCGGUUAUCGACCAGCCGGCUAAGAAGCGGCCGAUGACGGAGCGCAUGCUAAACAAGGAGGAGCUGAAGAGCACAAUACAAGCUAUCGAAAAGGCCCACACCAUCUGCAACGUGGAUCAGGGCUCCACCGAGCUGAUCGCCGAGUUGCAGACGCUGUACAAUUGCAUCAAGUAUCCAGUAGUGGGCGUUGGCGUGAUUCGGUGGAUCGAGAACGUGGUAAUGGAGCCGUCCUACUUUAAGCUCUCCACUGACAGCUGUCCCACGCACCUGGCCGUUCUCGACGAGGUGGCGGCCGUGCAUCCCACUCUGCAGCAGCAGAUCCUGUUCCUGCUCAUCCGCCUGUUUGAGUCCAAGCAGGAUGAGCUGGAGAUUCUCGUCCAGCUAGAGAUGAAGAAGAUGAUCUUGGACCGCAUGGUUAACCUGCUCACACGCGGCUGCGUUGUUCCCGUCCUCCGCUACAUUAAGCAGUGCUGCGCCAUCGAGGACACGGACAUCUCCCUCAUCCGGUAUUUCGUCACCGAGGUGCUGGAGACCAUUACACAUCCGUACUCGCCAGAGUUCGUUCAACUCUUCCUGCCAAUGGUGGAGAACGAGGAGAUCACGGGCACCAUGCGCGGCGAGGGCGACAACGAUCCUGUGUCCGAGUUUAUUGUUCACUGUAAGGCGCAUUACACGACUGUAUAGAAAGGCGACUCACUUUCUAAGGUCACCAAAAGUGUUUCUUUUUGCAAUAAUGGUUUUAAUAAUUUUUUUGCGGUAUUCUUUGAUUUAAGCGAAAAAAAAAACAAAAUUACUUCUAAAAAUAUAAUUUUUUUAAAAGUUCAGACAAGUAAAGAAAAAUAAAUAAAAAACGCGCUUUUUUCAAGUUUUUUGCCACCAGAAAAAAAUUUCAAAACGUUAAAAAAAUUGCAUGUUUCGAGAAGUAAAUUAAUAUUUAAAUAUUUUUUUCACGCAUAUUUCCAAUGCUUUUAAAACAAAAAUUUAGCAGGUUUAAACUGAAAUCUCCCAUUGUUUUUAAAAUAACGAUACAAAAUUAAACCAAUAGCUUCCCAUUGAUUAAGAGCGAGACAACUUCUCUGCUUUGAGUAUACCUGUCUCAACUCAAUGUCGUCAGCAAAGUUCACAGGCUUGAUCGGAUUCAUUGAACACCCUUUUUCGCAAAACAUACCCUAACUAUAUUUAAUUCUAAGUAAUUUUUCAGAAUAAGCUUUCAAAGAUGAUUCAACACCAAUUUAAAAUCUUCGAAAAUAAGAAACUUAAUGGGGUAUGCUGGCCUAGAAGCCUACAUUUUAGGCACUUUUUUAAG